GGCAGCUCGCUCGCGGUGCGUUCUCAGACGGCAAAGAGAACCCCGAGAAACGCAGCCCGAGCAGCGCAAGGCAGCCGGUGUCUCCUCCGUCCCUUCCUCCGAAAAGAAACAAGACGAGCCACGAGGCUUUAUCACUCCUCCAGGACUCGUCUCUCUCUGGGGGAAGCAGCAGCCACGUUGGGGAACCCGAGUCUUGCAGUUUCGAAGCGGGGGAGUUGGUAGGCGCCCUCUUGUCCCGCUCCAGCUCGGUUCGCGUUGUUGGAAAAGGUCCUUCUCAGAACAAAACAAAGAUGAACCCUCAGACAACCAGCUGUUUCGUCUUGGCUCUUGCCUUCCUCCAGCUAGUGAACAGGGUACUUUCUUCUUGCCCGGCUGCAUGCCAAUGCCCUCUGGAGGUCCCCAGAUGUGCCCCAGGAGUUGGUCUGGUUCUGGACGGUUGUGGAUGCUGUAAAGUCUGUGCUAAACAGCUCAAUGAGGACUGCAGCAAGACACAGCCUUGUGAUCACACCAAGGGGCUGGAAUGCAAUUUCGGUGCCAGUUCCACAGCUCUAAAGGGGAUCUGCAGAGCACAUUCAGAAGGAAGACCCUGUGAAUACAACUCCAAAAUUUACCAGAAUGGAGAGAGUUUUCAGCCCAACUGCAAGCACCAGUGCACAUGCAUCGAUGGAGCUGUUGGUUGUAUUCCUCUCUGCCCACAAGAACUCUCCCUUCCUAACCUGGGCUGCCCCAACCCAAGGCUGGUGAAAGUGCCUGGCCAGUGCUGUGAGGAAUGGGUUUGCGAUGACUCCAAAGAUGCCCUGGAGGAACUGGAAGGCUUCUUUGGCAAAGAGCUUGGCAUGGAUACUUCCGAAGGGGAAUUAACCAGAAACAACGAGCUGAUAGCCAUCGUGAAAGGAGGGCUGAAAAUGUUACCUGUUUUUGAACCUGAGCCUCGCAGCCACUCAUUUGAGAAUUCAAAAUGCAUCGUGCAAACAACCUCGUGGUCCCAGUGUUCAAAGACCUGUGGCACUGGUGUUUCCACCAGAGUCACCAACGACAAUCCCGACUGCAGACUAGUCAAGGAGUCUAGAAUAUGUGAAGUGAGGCCAUGUGGACAGCCCAGUUAUGACUCCUUAAAGAAGGGGAAGAAAUGCACCAAGACCAAGAAAUCCCAAGCUCCAGUCAAGUUCACUUAUGCAGGAUGUUCCAGUGUGAAGAAGUACCGGCCCAAGUAUUGUGGCUCGUGUGUUGACAGCCGAUGCUGCACUCCUCAGCAGACCAGGACUGUCAAGAUCCGGUUUCGCUGUGAUGACGGAGAAACCUUCACGAAGAAUGUCAUGAUGAUCCAGUCUUGCAGAUGCAACUAUAAUUGCCCCCAUGCAAACGAGGCCUACCCUAACUACCGGCUGUUCAAUGACAUCCACAAAUUUAAGGACUAAGUUAUGUUCAGGCUUGAGCAGGAGGUUUUUUUUUUUUUUUUUUUUGGAGGUAACAGUGGAGAAAUGAACUCUUGAGGAAGUGGUGCCUUUGCCCAUUGGAGGGCAACACUGAGACACAAGAAUGCACUGUGCAACUGGAUACUAAUGCAACAGUUUGGGCAUACUUAAAGCUUCAUAGUAUUGGAGCAAUCUUAUUGCUUCGUUUUGGAGCACUUUCAUGAUUACUGAUUUCUGUUUGUAACUGAUCUGUUUAUAUGUUUGUCCAUCUAUUCUGGCUAUGAAAACCUUCUAUUCCCUACUGAUCCACAGAACACCAUACAUUUGUUGUUCCAAACUCAUGUUGGAGGUUACAUUCCUUCCUAAGGUGGGCACUUUUGGAGUUCUCAUCUAUGGCAGCUAUAGGUACCAGCUACAUAAUAUAAUCCACAAACAGAAAUUGGUUGUUUUUUAAAGCUGAAUAUUUUAUUUAUCAAAAUGUAGCUUUUUUUGUUCAGAGGAAAAAACCCUAAUACUGGAAUAAGUUGUAAAUGAUUUAAUUUUAUAUUCAAUGAAUUAAGAGAAUUUAUUUAUGGAAUUAAUCAUUUAAUAAAGAAAUAUUUACCUAAUA